AUGGACCUGAUUGAGGGUAGAGUUCGGUAUCGGAAAGGAAAAAAGGUAAGCUGUAAAUCUUGAAUAAUGCUUUGUGCAUUUCAGUACUCAUUCAUAUUCUGUUUGUUGCAGUGGAAGAUUCGAUGGGCUGUUUUGAGACGGGUGAAUCCAGCGACUGGUAAGUUGUGCACGUUUUUAACUCAAAUAAUUUACACAAUGAUUUUCGUCGCAAACACAAAUUUUAAUAAUUGGGUUCUAUAGUGCAGCUGGUGGUGUCGCGGCCUGAUUUCUUUGUAAGGCAAAACGGCUGUUGUUUGAUGGGUUUCGUCGAGAGUGUUGCAUAAAUAAUUUGAGAAUCGGAGAACAUUAUUUAUCUCUGCGGUGCGGUCCGUUCAAUGAUUCUUCGUAAACGCAGCGGUGAGAUAUCGUCAAUUGAACAAUUUAAGAGCAUUUUCGACUGUCUGAGGUUGAGUUACUGAUAAUGCGACAGCGACACUGGUCAAGGACUCCCCUUGCUUUUAGUAAGACUAGUUCUCAUUUAUACUUCGAAUUUUUUCUUAUAUUCUGUGACCUUCUUCGGCGUCUAUUUGUGAAGCUCUCAAUGUCCGCGGGCGAGACAAAUUUGCGUGGAAUUAUCGCUCUAAGUGAGCCAACUAGACUUUUAAUGGGAAAGGUAACUGCAUACAUAAUAAUUCUCGUGAAACUUUUGUAUUAUUUUGUAUCUCGGAAUGCCGUUGUUUCAAUGAUCGCGUGUCCGUUGUAUACAUUGCAAUUUUGCUGCUUCACUCGCGCUUGAUAGAACAUUGAAAUCUGCAAGCUGUUGCCGCAUGCUGUCAGCGUUUUUUUUUUUUUUUGGAAAAAUUUUGCCACAUCUCGCCCUUUUUAAAAAGAAUCUUUGAGCUUUGAACGCAGUUGUAGGCGUCUGAUCUCUUUUUCCGCUUCCAAACAUUUGAUUUGCCUACCCUGUAUCAAUUAACCGCCCAACGGCAAGUUACGUCGAAAUCGCUCAGUAUAAAGUGGUAAAAGUCGUUGAAAAUUUGUUCGCUUCUAUUAUUUAUCACACUUAUGGGCUAAUUCAUUCAUUGUAGAUCACCAAAGCUAUUAUCUCACUCGUCACUAGUUUUAGAAUUAAUUCAAUGGAGUACUCAGCAGUUUGCUGAGAGACAAUCGCAAUAUUUAUACGAGCUAGGCUUUACGACAGCGCUUUCCAUUUCCUAUGUUGUUCUUUUAAUAUUGUCGCUGAAUUUGCUCAGUUGCGUGAUAAAGCGAAAUUUGGUGGCCAUCUAUUCGCUUCAAUAAUUACUUUGCGUUGUAAUAUCCUUCCGCUGUUUAAAACGUACUUGUCUAUCAGUCUCUAGUCAACGUAAAUAGCAGGGUUUUUUUUAAGGAAGAAACAUAUCCCGGUGAUAAAAAUUUCUGCCUAAAAUAACCAUGAUACAUUCACUAUUUUUCGCUUUUCGCCUGCGUUUACUUUCGCCCACGUCGUGAUUGAAAAUAUAAGAUUUAUAGAAAAUAAAGCUGAACCCGCAGAACCUUUUUCUUCUGGUUUAAUUCUUUCAUGAAGGCUUUUUCUCAAUGAGGGAUACACACGACUUAAUUAUACUUAGUCUCAUGCAUACAUGAAUUUUAUUAUAUUUCUUUGUACACUGGUAAUAACAUCACAUUAAUAUAAUAUCUUCUUCAAUAUUCUUUCUUUCUUAAUUUCGUCAUUGCGACUUGAGAAACUAUGAUUGAUGUUGUUGAUAGAAGUCCAAAUUGAUUUUUGAUCAUGUGAGCAUAAAACGAUACCGUAUUCAACUGUGACCGAACCAUAACAACAUCGGCUUCAAUACAUUGUUUGUUGAAAGGCUUUGUAAAUGGAGGGUCUUGUCGACCAAAUACAGCUGCAAACACAUGUUUUGUUUGAAAACUUGGUAAUUAUUAUCACUCUACAUGACUCCUGGAUUUAAACAUGUGUUAAAAAAAAGUUGUGUUCCUGAAAUUGUGAAAUUAUAAGUAAUGUGGUAUAGCUGUAGCCCUUAAUGAGGAUAACUGAUCUGAAAUUACCAGUUAAGGCAUAACUUUCUGGCCAAACCACAAAGCAUAAUGACCUUUACUUAGAAAAAAACGACAUUGGUUUUCUCUCUGUGUGUAACAUGUUUGUUGUUUAUUUUUGUGGAUUUUUCUCUUCUUUACACAUAAUACACUCAUCUUGAUUCAGCUGUGUUUGUUUGUCAUUUAAGAUGAGGCUUUAUUUUUCUUUGAGCCCAUUCGUUUUCUUUGUAAUUUCUAAGAACUUUCCAAUUAAAGUGAAUUUUUAAUAGACAGGUGUUUACAUUGGCUUUUUAUAACAGAAUGAUAUGGCAUGUUUUGGUGACUUACAUUUUUUAAUCUCAAAUAUUUUGUAUAUAAUAACUGAUAUUUUGGCAACAAGUGAUGAUUUUUUUCUUUGUAGUGUCACAGCUUACAAGAAAAUUGUAUAAAAAAAGUGUAAGAAAUUUUAGGCUUUGACAGGGAUUGCAGGCUUACCUACUUGGGUGUUGCAGCCUAGUGAGCUACAAAGCCAGAAGUUGGGAGGGAACAAGAAUCUGUUCUCUUGAAAGAAAAUUGAACACAAUUAGGGUGUAUGAAGUAACAUGUAUUUUUACCUGUGAUCAAGAUAACAAGUGACAAAUUUAGCUUCACAGGCUAACUGCAUUUUAUGUCGUUGAAGCUAUCAAGUCAUUGUAUCUGUGUCAUUCUCACUGAUAAAGGCUUUUACAUUCUCUGAAUUGAUUUUUUUCCUUCCCUUGUAGAUGUGUUGAAUCUUGUGCUGUAUCCUGAUCGUCAUUCAGAUCAGACAAAUGCAGGAGCUCGUCAUAAGGCCCUGCUUUCCCUUAAGGGGUUUAGUGGAUUACAGGUGCUCAACAAGAUGGACAAACACUUCAAUGUGAUCGUCAUUAUAACAACAGAAGAGGUGAUUCCUCUAAGCUUUGAGACAAUAGACCAAAGAGCAGACUGGCUGGCACUGCUUCAAGGUCAUUUUGGGAAAGGUGAGUUAAAAAAAAAGAAAGAAAAAUGUAUAUCAAAGAUCGCACCCGCAACUGGCUGCCAUCCAAAACAAAAAGAAAUAAUCUGUAUUUUUAUAACCCUUGGCAUGCCCUUAGACACGAAACAAAAACUAUGUUAUUGAACAUAAAUGCCUCUUUAAUUUUCCUUAAAUCUGUUGUGUCUCUUCUAGGAGAUCCUAACUUCUUUUAAAUUGAAAAUGCAUUGAAAAGUCAGCCCCUAGAACAUUCUAAAUUGCAAUAAUUUGCAUGUUUUUUUUUUGUUGUGAACUAUUUAUAGCACAGUUCUCGAGUAGAUGACAGGAUUUAACUUGAUAUAUGUAACAAUUCUUAAGUUUCUCAUCAAAGAAGGUGUAAAAGUUGCCUGUUGAUGAUAAGCGUUUUGACCUUUUGACCCCUAAGAGUGACUGGCAUCUAAUUUCUCCCUAAAAUUUCACCCCUGAAUCAAACAUUCAGGUCAUGAGAAUCAAGGAAAUGAUCACCAACCAGAGAAGCUCUUGAUUCAUAAACAAGUUCUCCUUAUCAGCAACAUAGGAAACAUGUUAAAAACAGUAUGGAGAAUAUGCAUACUGAUCUUGGAGUGUAAAGAGUUAACCUGCCACAUUCUUAUGUAGAUACUGUUAUGUAAGAGGAUCAUAGCUAAUUUAGAAGUCAUAAUGAAGAAUUCAGUUGAAAAUUGUUUAGGUUAAGAAUAUUACAGCUUUGAUUUGUGAUUAAUAUGUAUCCAAUUUGAAUUUGAAUGGAACACAACAGGACUCAAAAGACAGAUGGUGUAUUUGAAGAACCAUUUGAUAUUUCCUUUUGAAAGAAAUUUGACUCUUAUAUUUUGUAAACAAUGAACAGCCACAGACUGAAUACCAGUAAAAAAAGUAAAACAACAUAUAAUGCUUAUGAAAAUAUAAAAAUUUGGAGAACAAGCCAUCACCAGUUUUACUGUUUAAGAAUUUUGAGAAGUUUGAAUCUUGUAUUUUAAUACCAAUAGAUCAUAGUGAGGGAAAAAUUUCAAGGUGAACAAGAUUGAUUUCUGCACUAGAUCAGGUUAAAUUUAAUUAAUUUGACAACGAUCACAUACUUUAGUGUCAUUUAAAGAAAGAUAAUUCUGAAGAAUGUACCCAGAUUGACCUUAAACUAACUUAUUUAACAUUUUUAGAAGAUUGCUAUACCUAAAUAUAAGACAGGUUAUUUGAUACAAGAUGUUAAGUAUAUUGAUAUAAAAUUAUGUGACAUAAAUGUAGACAUUGUGAGAACCUGACUGUGGUGAUAUCGCUUGUAAGGCAAGGUAAUGAAUUAAAAAGCCAAAAAAAAAAUUCAGGCUCUAAUGGGAUUCAAACCAGUGCCUCAAACCAGUGCCUGAAACCCAUGCCUCUUAGAUACUAGUUCAAAGGCACACAUUGGGGGCUAGGUCAAUUAACCCUUUAACUCUCAAGAUUUCAUUAGUAAUUCUCUUUACUGUCCGUCUCACAAUUCUUUUAAUGCUAGUUUGGAGAAUUUGGAAUUGGAUCAACCAAUAAUCCCUUAAUUGAUAUUUUUCUUUAUUCUCAUUACUUGUCUGCUUGAUAUCAUACUGAUAGUGUAUGGAGAAAUUCUGCCUAGAUCACUUAUGGGACUUAAAGAGUUAAAAAAUUCUCUUACAAAUAAAUGAGGAAGUGUUAACAUGGAAACUUAAUGGUCUGAUCUGAUUGAUCAGAUCUUUUGACAUUCCUUUAUGUGCAAAAUUUUAUUACAAGGUAGUGUCAGAAUGCUGAAAUAAUCAGAUUUUUUUGUGAAGCCUUUCACCUCUAGGGUCUCAAUUUAAGGUGUCUUCGUAGUGUUCCUUUGGGCUGUGACAAUUUGGAAGUAAAUCAAACAGUAUUGCCCACUUUGUAUUUGUCUUUAUUGUCAUUGCCUUGUUUGUGGAAAAUAUAUUGACAUUGGGAGGAGAGGUUAUUUUUUUGUCACUCAUGCACUCAUGGAACUAAAAGUUCCAAUGAAAAUGCAUAUUAAUAGAACUGAUUUCUAAGACUGAUAACAGUUGGAGCAAUUCAGAUGCUGGUGUCUGAAGUUGGAAGUUAAUUGUACCAUUUGUGUUGUUUCAUCCUCAGAAAAAUCCUUUGAGGGUAUUGUGCCUCACAAGCAGAAGAUCAAAGCUGGAGAAGCUCACCUGCGCUUUUAUGCCACUUUCUUCUCUCUCACCAAGAAGGACAGCUAUCGUCUCAUUGGUCACUGGAAGUUUACAGCGUUACCCAAGUAUGGUGCUGUGGAAGCAGGUUUUGCCUUCCAGGCUAGCCAGGAGUCCCAAUCAGGGGAUAAACUUAUGACUUAUUUCUUUGCCACUCGAGCUGGAAAGGAGAUACAUUCGUUAUUUGACAGUGUGUGCAGAGCAGGAGAGGUGGUUCCAGGUCAAGAAUGUCUAUCAGGUAUGCUGUUAAGCAUAAGCUUUUUUUUGUAUGAUAAACUGAAUGAUACAUGCAAUUUGCUUGGUUCCUACUUAUGAUCUAUUGGAAGACAGACACAUAGGCGAUGUCACCAUGAACAAUAUUUUGCUUUUUCUAUCAUACAUAAUAAAGAGAUUUCCUUGUUGCCAUGGCUCUGUACAGUAAUAGAUUAUAGAGGAUGUCAAAAUGUGGUGAGGAUAUCAGUGACACACUAACCUGCGCUUCAUGUGUCACUUUUGUGUUUUUACAGAGCCAUGGUAACAGUAGUAAGGCAUAUAUGGUUUUAGCUGUAAGACACAGUGCUUGUGCUCUAAAUGAGCAGAGAACUAAAUAUGAGGGCCCAUAAAUCGAUUUUGGUUAAUAUAGAUUAUUUACCUUGUUGUUUUGGUGUUCUACAGAUAUCAAUUUAUAGUACUCAAAGAAUUGUCUCCCUUGAAAAUGUUUAAGUUCGUGCUUCCUUGUAUUUUGGGGUUUCAGUUAAAGAAACCAUCCAAUUAGAAUUCUGAUUUUUUCCCCUAGAAUCAACAACAAAACAGACUUUUACUAAGAUUUUCGCGUUUGAAUUCGCGAAGAACACAAUGUUGUUUAUUAUCUCCAGCAGUUUUUUCCAUCAUGAGAAUCAAUACAAUCGUGAUAUCUGAAAUUACUGUCAAACGAACUUGUAGGCCAAAAUGUUUAGCUCGGGAAAGUACUCACUUGAUUCUGUUCCUUCAGUAAGGUCUUUCCGACAAAAAGAGGUCCGGGCGCAUUGUUUCGUUUUUUGUUACCUCUAUUUCAAGACGAGACUCUUUUGAAAGAGCGGGGCAUAUUUUUUGCUAAGUUUGUUCGGGUUGUUUCUGAAAAUCGAGAGAGUGAAAAUAAGCUAUUUAAAGGUUAAGAAAUUCUUUUCUGAUUCUCUUUUUCAGACUCAAGUCAGCCUGGCACCAGCGAGGAAGACGACAGGCGACCAGGGUUUCUCAGGCGCGCCUGGCUUCGAAUGAGCGGCAAGCGGUCGCAUAAAGGGAAAGCACCCAGACCAAGGAGCAUGAGCAUGCCAUCCUCAAGCCAGGGAAGAAAAGCAAGGCUGAAAGUACCGAGCAGAGAUCUCCAAUAG